CAGAAUGGCAAGGCCCUUGCUCUGCCUCGCACUCUUGUGCACUUCCCUGGCGUUCACCACCUGCGCCGGCAUCCGCCUGGAGCUCACCCACGUCGACGCCAAGGAGCACUACACCGUGGAGGAGCGCGUGCGCCGCGCCACCGAGCGCACCCACCGCCGGCUGGCGUCCAUGGGCGGAGUGACCGCACCCAUCCAUUGGGGGGGCCAGUCGCAGUACAUCGCCGAGUACCUCAUCGGCGACCCGCCGCAGCGUGCCGAGGCCAUCAUCGACACCGGCAGCAACCUCAUCUGGACGCAGUGCUCGCGAUGCCGCCCGACCUGCUUCAGACAGAACCUCCCCUACUACGAUCCCUCUCGGUCGCGCGCCGCCCGCGCCGUGGGCUGCAACGACGCCGCGUGCGCUCUCGGCUCCGAGACGCAGUGCUUGAGCGACAACAAGACGUGCGCCGUCGUCACCGGCUACGGAGCCGGCAACAUCGCUGGGACCCUGGCUACCGAGAACUUGACGUUCCAGUCGGAGACGGUGAGCCUCGUCUUCGGGUGCAUCGUCGUGACCAAGCUCUCUCCGGGGUCCCUGAACGGCGCGUCCGGCAUCAUCGGGCUCGGCAGAGGCAAGCUGUCGCUGCCCUCCCAGCUCGGCGACACCAGGUUCUCCUACUGUCUCACGCCGUACUUCGAAGACACCAUAGAGCCGAGCCACAUGGUCGUCGGCGCGUCGGCCGGCCUCAUCAACGGCAGCGCGUCGUCGACGCCGGUGACAACCGUGCCGUUCGUCAGGAGCCCUAGCGAUGACCCAUUCAGCACGUUCUACUACCUGCCCCUCACCGGGAUCACGGCGGGAAAGGUCAAGCUAGCUGUCCCCUCGGCCGCUUUCGACCUCCGGCAGGUGGCGCCGGGGAUGUGGACGGGCACGUUCAUCGACUCCGGCGCCCCGUUGACGAGCCUCGUUGACGUGGCUUACCAGGCGCUGAGGGCGGAGCUGGCGCGGCAGCUGGGCGCCGCCCUCGUGCAGCCGCUGGCCGGGACGACAGGGUUCGACCUGUGCGUUGCGCUGAAAGACGCCGAGAGGCUGGUGCCGCCGCUGGUGCUGCACUUCGGGGGCGGCAGUGGCACCGGCACGGACUUAGUCGUGCCGCCGGCAAACUACUGGGCGCCCGUGGACUCGGCCACGGCGUGCAUGGUGGUGUUUAGCUCGGUCGACCGCAAGUCGCUGCCGAUGAACGAGACGACCGUCAUCGGCAACUACAUGCAGCAGAACAUGCACGUGCUCUACGACCUCGCCGGAGGAGUACUCUCUUUCCAGCCGGCGGACUGCAGCUCCAUAUGAUCGAUCACUAGCUUGCGUGCCGGCCGUGUGCAUAUUCUGUACUAUUUGUGUGUGUAUGUGCGCGCGGGAUAUAUAUAUGUAAUUGUGUAUCACUAUCCAAAUUGCUCAUGCAAUUGCACUGAUAAACGCGUUUGUAUUUUUAUACGACACAACAAUAUAUUAUGGCAA